AAACUUUUUCCCUUUUAAACCGGACCAGAGUUUGUAAGGGUAAGGUAGGAAUGGCUCACAGAUAGUGUUUUAACACAGCACUAUGUUAACCCAGGCAAGUUUGAGUUACUAUGUCACUGUAGGUUGACUAUCGACAAGCCUGGGCAGUAGCAGUUUUAAGAUUUCAGGAUCCUAUUGGUAGGAAUGUCGUCAGACUCCGGAGAAGUCCCUCCUUUUGGGACGCCUUCACUCUUCAAUAAACCUCUACUAGAAGCUUACGGCUGGAAGAUGCGUCCGUUUCCGGGAGUCAAAGACCAAGUCGCCCACGUGGAGGCCACUCGAAAAUUACGCAUCAGGGACGACGAUGUGCUGGUAGCGGCAUUUCCUAAAUGUGGUACUCACUGGCUAUGGGAGGUAACUCAAAUGUUGCUUCGGCAGACGACGGACUACGAGAAAAGAACCAAAGAACAAGUCAUGCUUGAAUCUCCUGGCGGGCUGGAAAGAGCUGAACAGGAGCCUUCGCCUAGAAUUUUGAAUUCCCAUUAUCCAUUUGUACAUCUGCCACAAGAAAUUAUUUCAAAGAAGACAAAGAUAAUCCAUGUCAUAAGAAAUCCCAAAGACACUGCUGUCUCCAUGUUUUGGCACACUCAGACUAUCUUCAACGCAAAAGAUCUUCAGUUUCAGGACCUCUUAGAUGCCGUGAUGGGAAAGUCACAGCUGCCAACUCAGUUUGACUACUUACAGCAGAUGUCAGAGUUUGAACGAACACAUACAGAUCAUCCAAUCAAACACAUUUACUAUGAGGACAUGAAGAAGGAGCCCGUUAAGAUAAUCAAAGACUUGGCUCAGUUUCUCAAUGUACCAUCCAGUGAUGAGUUCUGUCAGGAUGUGGCCAACGCUUGCAGCUUUGAUAAAAUGAAGAAAAUUGAAGAGACUGGAGCCAAGGAUUUUCCAAAGGAACUCAAUGAUGCCAUCACAGGUGCUGGUGGCAGUCUAAAAUUUUAUAGAAAAGGAAUCAUUGGAGAUUGGAAAAAUAUGUUCACAGUAGCACAGAAUGAAACAUUUGACGCCUUCAUUGAUUCUUGCAUCAAAACCAAGGGACUGAACUACGCUUUCAUUUUUGAAUAAAAUUUUAAAGUAUUUUAAUGUUGAUGCUUGGGAAACGUUUUAUUUCUGAGUGGUCAGAAAACAAAAAGACAAACCAUUUAAUGAAUUAAUGAAUCAAUAUUUGUUUAUUUUCACAAUACAAUACGCAUAUACUGAAAUGUGACAUUUUAACAAAUUAUUAAAGUGGUUAAAUAUUACAACUUGAAAGAUUUUUCAAAGUCGCAUAUAUAGUAGUCAUCCUCGUAUUGCUAUGGAAGAACUGCAAAUCAUUGGGCUUAAAUUUCAUAUAUAACAUUUAUUAUAAGCUUUUUUUUUUUAAAAAGUUUUUUUUUUAAUGUUUUCUUCUUGUUGUUUUAUUGUUAUUCGCUUGUUUAUUUAGGCAUGAACUUACUCGUUAAGAUACAUAAAAUUAUGCUAUAAGUUGACAGUAAAUGUAAAUCUUGUCAUUCAGGGGGUGUUCAAAUUGACGGCAUGACGCAUUUUUUACGGGAUUUUAUCAUGUACAGUAAGGAUAAAAACCUCAAUGUGUCUCUUUUAUCUGUAGAUCAAGAAAAAGCCUUUGACCGAGAAAGCCAUAGCUUCCUGUUCAAGGAGCUUGAGAAAUGUAAAAUAAGUUCCCUGUUAAUCAGAUAUAUAAAGCUUGUCUAUACCAAUGCAACAAGUAGAUUGAUAAUUAAUCAUUCUCUCAGUAGGAGUAUCCUCAUACAAAGGUCUGUCAGACAGGGCUGUCCCUUAUCCCCCUUCUUGUAUAUCCUUUGCUUGGAACCCUUCUUGGAAUCUGUAAGAUCUGACCCAUCCAUUAUUGGGAUAAAUAUACCGGGUCGUUCCUUCUCAACCAUCAAAGUCAAAGCCUAUGCGGAUGAUACAACCUUUUUUCCAUCUUCAGAGCAAGAUAUUGAGAAUAUACUAAAGAAAUUUACACUUUUCGGAGAAGCUAGUAGUUCAAAAAUAAAUAUAAAUAAAUCCUCUGUAAUGGGACUAGGGAAAUGGAAAUUCAAAGAGAAUUGCGCUUUCAGAAUUGUUGAUAAAAUCAAGAUUUGUGGUAUUGUCUAUACCUGUAAUCCCUUGUUCUAUUGUAAAGACCAGUGGGAGAAUAUUUUUGUCAAAGCCUCAAACUUAAUUAAACUUUAUCAGCACACAGGUUCUACAAUAUUUGGUAGAGCUGUAUUGAUAAAUAGUUUGGUCAUUCCAAAGAUUGUCUAUUUAGCUAACAUUACAGAGCCACCUCCUAAAUUCUUAAACAAGCUGAACAAGUUAAUUAGAAGCUUUAUAUUUAAAAACACUAUUAGGAGCAUUAAGCACACUACACUCAUUCAAAACAAAGAGGAUGGGGGGAUAAACUUGCAAGAUGUUAAAACAAAAAUACAGUCGCUAAGGCUAAAAUUUGUAGGUCAAGUAGUUGGAAACCCAACAAACUUUCCCUUGACAAUUUACUAUUAUGGUUUAAGAUUAAGUAGUCUUCUUCCAAUACACAAUGAUACUCCUCACUAUUUUGGUACAGUCACUCAUCCAUUUUACAGAUCUAUUUCAAGAGUUUUACCUGGUAAUGAACAUUUAAUACACAACAAAACCAAAGAAUCAUACACAACACUUAAAAAGCUGUUACAGGAAAGCCUAGUGAAUAGGAUUAAGUGGGGGAGAGUUCUUGGGGUGACAGAAUUCAAGGACACAUUCAUAAACCUACACAGUAAACAUAUCCCACCAAAAGCUAGAGAGAUUAGUUAUAGACUUAUCUUUGGGAUGACCCCUAUGGUUAGAAGACGGGCAAAUGACCGUGAAUGUCUAUUAUGCCACCUUGAAAAUUCUGAUAACGAAAAACACAUGUAUUUGGAAUGUCCAUUAUUCCUUCAAGUUAGAAGUACUGUAAUGGACCUAUUGGAAGCAAACUGUGGCAAUUAUGUAAAUGUUAACUUGUCUAUUAUUUUAAACAAGCUGCCAAAACUAAAAAAUAAAAUGAUACAUAACUUUAACUUGAUUAUUGUUUCCGAAUACAGGAAUCUUGUUUGGGCUACCUGGCUCAAAUGUCUACAUAAUAAUAAGGUGUUUGAUCCUAAUCACUUGGAAAUAACAUUUAGAAAAAUAAUGGACUUUAGGGUAGAGAAUUAUCUAGUUUGAUUUUCAUAUACCUGUAUAAUGCUCAUGUAGUUUUCCAGAAAUAGGGUGUUGGGGGUCAGGGAUAUCUGAUAUUGUGUUGAUUGUUCUGGAGUAGAGUAUACUUGUAUCAUUUUUCUGUCUUUAGGGGGUUCAUUGGUUAGGUAGUAUGUCUUUGAUAUUAAAUAAUAUUUCUGUUACUGUUAUUAUAUUUUUAGGUUAAUCACUUUUCAAUUGUUUAUGAUUUAAUACUUGUGAAUUAUGAUAACUUACAAAUAAAAACAUAUUAAAAAAAAAAAAAAAAAAAAAA